CUGUGUCUGUGAUGGCCGACCACAUGUUCCUGCUGUUGUGCGUCUGCUGAGUGUGUUGUGUAGGUGGGUGUGUUUGCUCCGUUCGUGGUUUCACGGCGACUGUGUGUGAUGGGUAACGCAGAGAGCAUGGAGAGCCAGCUGGCCGUGAUCCGGUCCAGAGCCGCACCGGUUCGACUCCCGAUGCCGGACCCGGCCGAGCUGGAGGAGAGGUUCUCCAUCGCACUGAACUCCAUGAACCUGCCUCCUGAUAAGGUGCGUCUGCUGCGUUCCUACGACAAUGAGAAGAAGUGGGAGCUUAUCUGUGAUCAGGAGAGAUUCCAGGUGAAGAAUCCUCCACACACCUACAUCCAGAAGCUGCGAGGCUUCCUCGACCCGGCUGUCACACGCAAGAAGUUCAGAAGGAGAGUCCAGGAGUCGACUCAGACACUCAGAGAGCUCGAAAUUUCUCUUCGUACCAACCACAUCGGGUGGGUCAGAGAGUUUCUGAACGAGGAGAAUCGCGGUCUCGAUGUUCUGGUCGAGUACCUUUCCUUCGCUCAGUACGCCGUCACGUUUGACGGAGAGCAGUCCGAGGCCGGAGGCGAGGCCUCGUCCAUCGACUCUCCCUGGAGUCGGUCCAUAGAGGAUCUCCAUGGCGACUGCAGCCUCCCCUCCCCAUCGUCCUCUGCCCCGCGAGCAGCUCGACACUCCAUCAGUUCGACUCUGGUGACUCGCUCCAACACGCUGCCGAGUCGUCGAACUCUGAAGAACUCGCGACUCGUCUGUAAGAAAGACGACGUUCACGUUUGUAUCAUGUGUCUGAGAGCCAUCAUGAACUACCAGUACGGUUUCAACAUGGUGAUGUCACAUCCUCAUGCUGUCAACGAAAUCGCCCUGAGCCUCAACAACAGGAACCCGAGGACGAAGGCUCUGGUGUUGGAGCUGUUAGCCGCCGUGUGUUUGGUCAGAGGAGGACACGAGAUCAUCCUGUCGGCCUUCGACAACUUCAAAACCGUGUGCUCAGAGUCGAUGCGUUUCGAGAAGUUAAUGGAACAUUUCAAGAACGAAGACGACAACAUCGACUUCCUGGUGGCCUGCAUGCAGUUCAUUAAUAUCGUGGUCCAUUCAGUGGAGGACAUGAACUUCAGAGUCCACCUGCAGUACGACUUCACCAAACUCAACCUGGAUGAACACCUGGAGAGGCUGAAGCACACAGAGAGCGACAGGCUGCAGGUGCAGAUUCAGGCGUACCUUGACAACGUGUUCGACGUCGGGACGCUGCUGGAGGACGCCGAGACCAAAACCGCUGCUUUGGAGAGAGUCGAGGAACUGGAGGAGAGCCUGGGCACGAUGUCAGAGCGCGUGUUGGACGUGGAGAAUGAAGCGAUGCUGAAGAUCGUUGAAUUGGAGAAACAGCUGAUGCAAACCAACAAGGAGCUGGACCACCUCCGGGAGGUGUACGCCAGCGCCAGCUCCCAGGUGCACACCCUGCGGCGGAUCGUUCGAGAAAAGGACCAGACGAUCCGCCGUCAGAGUCGUCUGGAGCGCCAGGCUCAGGACGUCCAGCAAGCCGGAGGACCUGGAGCUCCACAACCCCAGAGAGGAGAGGGGGACGGGGGGGUGGCUGACUCCGCCUCCCCCUCACCUCCACCGUGUCCUAACCUGUCCCCCAGCCCAGAGACCGUAGCCUUUCACAACAUUGGACCAGUGAUGGGUGGAGCUCCAGGCACGCCGGCCCCACCCCCUCCUCCUCCUCCUCCUCCUCCACCACCAAUGCCAGACACAGGGUCCAACGGGCCGUACCCUCCUCCCCCCGCUCCUCCCCCUCCCCCUCCGCCACCCCCCUGUCGGACCAGUGAGCUCUCCUCCUCUGUUCCCAUGGCCCCUCCCCCUCCCCCAGCUGCCCCCCCCCUCCCAGGGUCAGGGGGGUCACCGACGGUCAUCUUUAACUCCGGACUCGCAGAGGGUCCACUCAAGCUAUUCUCAGUGAAGAUAAAGAAGCCGAUCCAGACCAAGUUCAGGAUGCCGGUGUUAAACUGGGUCGCUCUGAAGCCAAGUCAGAUCAACGGGACGGUCUUCAAUGACAUUGAUGACGAGGCCAUCCUGCAGAACCUGGACGUCGAGGAGUUUGAGGAGCUGUUUAAGACGAAGGCUCAGGGUCCAGCCGUGGACUUGACCCUGUCCAGACAGAAACUUCCUCAGAAAGCUCCGUCCAAAGUUUCUCUGCUGGAGGCCAACAGAGCCAAAAACCUGGCCAUCACCCUGAGGAAGGCCGGCCAGGGGUCAGAGGUCAUCUGCCGAGCCAUCCACACGUUCGACCUGCGGACGGUCCGGGUCGACUUCGUGGAGUGUCUGAUGCGUUUCCUGCCGACGGAGACCGAGGUGAAGCAGCUGCGACAGUACGAACGGGACAGGAAACCUCUGGAGGCUCUGAGCGACGAAGACCGGUUCAUGAUGCAGUUCAGUCGAAUCGAGAGACUCGGUCAGCGUAUGUCCAUCAUGACCUUCAUGGGCAACUUCGCCGACAACGUCCAGAUGUUAACUCCGCAACUCCACGCCAUGAUCGCCGCCGCGGUUUCUAUCAAAUCCUCUCAGAAGCUCAAAAAGAUCCUGGAGAUCAUCUUGGCUCUGGGGAACUACAUGAACAGCAGCAAGAGAGGAGCAGUGUACGGGUUCAAGCUGCAGAGUCUGGACCUGCUCCUGGAGACAAAGUCGACUGACAGGAAACAGACGUUGCUUCAUUACAUGGCUAACGUGGUGAGAGAGAAAUAUCCUGCAGUGUCUCUGUUUUAUAACGAGCUUCACUACGUGGACAAAGCUGCUGCAGUGAGUCUGGAGAACGUGCUGUGCGAUGUGAAGGAGCUGCAGCGCGGCAUGGAACUCACCUGGAGAGAGUUCAGCGUUCAACACAAUGCGACGCUCAAAGACUUCAUCAGCAGGAACGAAUCACGGCUCAACAAACUGCAGGAGGACGCGCGCAUCGCACAGGACGCGUUUGAAGACGUGGUGAAGUUCUUUGGAGAGAGCUCCAAGACGAUGCCGCCCUCCGUCUUCUUCCCUAUCUUUGUUCGCUUCAUCAAAGCGUACAGGGCGGCCGAGGAGGAGAACGAGCAGAGGAGGCGUCAGGAGCAGAUGCUGCUGGAGAAACUGGAGCAGGAGGAGCAGCAGGAGGAGGAGGAGACAAAGUCUCCGUCCCACAGGGGGAAGCGGCAGCAGCAGGAGCUGAUCACAGAACUGAGACGACGACAAGGAAAAGACAGUCGCCAUGUUUAUGAAGGGAAAGACGGAGCGAUAGAGGACAUCAUCACAGCUCUGAAGACCGUCCCCUUCACUGCUCGAUCGGCCAAACGUAGCUCUCGCUUUUUCUGUGACCCCGCCCACACCGAGGAGCACUACUAACACAGAGAGAGGGCGAGAAACCUGACAUCAGAGAGAGAGAGAGCAAACGUUUCAUGUGAUCAUGUGAUCAUGUGACCUGAGGACAACGAAACAUCCUCCUCAGCUCCUAACGCCCACUUUUAAUCAGUGGACCCAUUAGCACUUUGAACAUUUCUAAUCAAUCAAUGUGAGCUGAUGACAUCGUGAUCUGUGAUUUUAUUGGUCAGUUUGUGCACAGACCGGGUGCCCAGAUUCCACUUGACCUCUGACCUCUGGGAGCUGGUGCAGAGUCGAGACGAGACACAGCCGAGCGGUUCUCGA